AUGGAUCAGUUUCGUUCCCUUUUUGACAAACUUGACCAAGAUAAAGACGGUUUUAUAUCCGUUGAGGAACUCCACAAUGAGAUGAAGAAGAUUGGAGUUCAAUCUGUGAAUAAAGCGGAGGCUAUUGUCGGCAAUUAUGACAGAAAUGAUGAUGGACGGCUAGAUUAUGAGGAGUUUCUCAGCUAUCUUGUGGAUAGAGAAAAGAAAUGGAAAAUAGAUUUUCAUGUCCUUGACAAGAACAAAUGCGGAUCCAUUGACCAAGAGGAUAUCAUAAAUGUGUUUAAGGAAUUAGGAGUGGUCAUAACAAGGCACAACGCUAAGAGAAUAAUACAAAUGAUGGAUAAAGACAGCUCCAUGACUGUUGACUGGGGAGAGUUUCUGCAGCACAUCAUCCUCAACCCAGUGGAGAACAUUGGGGAGCUGGUGUCCUCCUGGAAACAUAGCUUGGUAUUUGACGUCGGUGAGAGUCGUUCCAUGCCCAUACAGUUGGGUCAGGAUGAGACGGACGUCUCAGUUUGGGGGAAUUUUAUACUGGCAGCGGGCUUGGCUGACGCUGUUUCGAGAACUGUGACCGCACCUAUUGACCGCUUAAAGACUCAGCUCCAGGUAUAUGGAUCCAAGGCAUUUUCUUUGGGGUUCAAAGAGCUGAAAUCCGGGGGUUUUCGGUCCAUGUGGCAAGGAAAUGCUGUAAAUGUGUUGAAAGGAACCCCACAAUCAACUCUUCAGUGUUUCAUCUAUACUCAGAUGAGGCUGCAUACCUUGGGCCAACAAGAUAGUCUGUCAGUUCUACAGAGAUUUGGACUGGGUUGCAUAUCAGGAGCAGUGGCACAUGCUGUAUUCUACCCCCUAGAGGUGCUGAAGGUGAGACUUAACCUCCAGCAGGCAGGUGCCCGCAGUGGAGUACUGCUGUGUGCGAGGUCCAUUUACCAAAAUGAGUCUGUGUCUGCCUUCUACAGAGGUUUCAAACCUAGCAUCCUCUGCAUGAUUCCAUAUGCUGGGGUGGAGUGUGCUGUUCAUCAGUCAAUCAUGAACUGGGCUAAAAGGGACCCUGCAAAUCACAGUGAGUCAAAGCUCUUCUUCUUCAGCUUCGUGGCUUUUGCUUCAGGGCAGAUGACCAGCUACCCACUGGCUAUCAUCAGAACACAGCAGCAAGCUCAAGCUUUCAGUUCAGCCUCAAAGCAAACUACAGGUGUUCACCAAGGAUUCAUUAGGAUCUUUGAGAAGCAAGGUCUGCGGGGAUUUUAUAAUGGAAUGGGAACCAGCUUUCUGAGGGCUGUGCCAUGUGCCUUGUUGAAUUAUUUGUUAACAUCAAAACUUGAACAAAUUCUGAGUGAACCUGCAUGA